AUGGAUCUCACUCUCAGCGCCUCGCGGAAACUCCGCCGCCAAAAGCUCACCGCUAUCAAGGAAGCCCUCAACCCAUCCAACCCUCGUCUUUCAGAAGCCAACCUAGAAGAAUUCGGCAUUCGACGCACAACAUUGUCUCUCGACGGCGACAGCGCCAAUGGACCCGAAUUCUUCACUGCCUACAAACACGCCAUCCACAAACCCCUUCCUUCCGAGUUCGACGGAUACACCUCACUGGACCCAGAACCCAGCAGACGCGGACAACACUACUACACGUCGCAGGACAUGGCGAUGUUCUUCGUCGGAUACAUGCAGGAUGUCCGGAUUGCAGACAAUCAUUCAACCCCGGCUAACAUCUGUUACAUAGACUUCGGUGAUCUCGGCUUUGGGAGCCUAUUGGACCUAACCCGGCCUGCUCGAUGGGGUGUGCAUACUGUCUGGCACAUGCCAGAGAAAACGGCCCCGCAUAUCGUGUUUGUGAUGUACAGCGAGAUGACCCUCGACGGGUACGAGGAGGGGAAAGAACAGCCGCUAUUCUGGGGCGAAGUCAGCGCAAUUGUUCGCAUUAUGCAUCGGCGCUUGAAGCUGGUUUCUUUGAGAAUGAAUCUCCUUGCUCCGGUCUUCUGCUUCUCGGCCAUUGGGGAAAAUCAUUUUAGAGUUAUCGAGGCGUAUCAUGAUGGCGAUAAUCUGGUGGUCCUUGCUGCAGUCGAUAUGCCCAAGCGAAGCAGUGAGCCAUGGAAUAUGGUACUAUUUCGCGAAACCUACAGGUUCGCUACCGGAAUAUCCUACAGUUAUUACGUGGUCAAGAAAGACAGUGGACUGAUUGGAAGGAUAACAACAUUGGAAACACCAAAGCCAUCCGAGUGGUUGGGGACAUAA